CGUCCAGAGGUGCCGUCCGCCACCUUCUUCACCGCGCUGCUCUCGCUCCUGGUGUCCGGGCCCCGCCUGUUGCUGCUGCAGCCGCCCCUGCCGCCCUCCGGCCUCUCUCUGCGAUCCGAUUGCCUGCGCAACUGGCAAGCCACUAUGGAAGGAGAGGUCAGGAUUACAGCCGAGGAGACUGGCAUACAGAGUGUUAAGGGACACCCACUCAAUCCACCCUGAAGCUGUUACAAUUAAUUAACCCUCAAACUGCCUGGUGAGAUAGUUUACAGGCUGGUGACCUACAUCUUUGUGUAUGAGAAUCCAGUUUCCCUGCUCUGUGGUGCUAUCAUCAUCUGGCGCUUUGCUGGCAAUUUUGAGAGAACCGUGGGCACCGUCCGGCACUGCUUCUUCACCGUGAUCUUCGCCCUCAUCUCCGCUAUCAUCUACUUGUCAUUUGAGGCCGUGUCAUCGCUGUUGAAGUUGGGGGAGGUGGAGGAUGCCAGAGGCUUCACCCCAGUGGCUUUUGCCAUGCUGGGAGUCAGUGUUGUCCGCUCCCGGAUGAGGAGGGCCCUGGUGUUCGGCAUGGUUGUGCCCUCAGUCCUGGUGCCGUGGCUCCUGCUCUGUGCCUCCUGGCUCAUUCCUCAGACCUCUUUUCUCAGUAAUGUCUGUGGACUUGGAGUUGGGCUAGCAUAUGGCCUCACAUACUGCUAUUCCUUCGACAUCUCAGAGAACAUAGCAUUGAAGCUUGACCAGAAGUUCCCUUUCAGCCUUAUGAGGAGGAUUUCGAUAUUCAAAUACAUCUCAGGUUCUUCAGCCGAAAGAAGAGCAGCCCGGAACCGGAAGCUGAACCCUGUGCCCGGCUCCUACCCCACACAGAGCAGCUACCCUCACCUGUCCCCAAGCCCCCUUGUUGCCCAGAUGCAGCAUGCCAGUGGCCAGAAACUAGCUUCCUGGCCAGCCUGUGCUCCUGGGCACAUGCCCAGCCUGCCUCCCUACCAGCCUGCCUCCGGCCUGUGUUAUGUGCAGAACCAUUUUGGCACAGCCCCUAGCUCCUGUGCCUACCCAGGUUCCGUAGCGGUCUCCUUAGGGGUCCAGCCCCUCAUCCCCCUCAACUGCCCUGCCACUGAAUGUUCCAGGGCCCUGCCCACUCCAGAGACUACAGACUCCAAGGAAUGCUCAAGGAUCCUGAUCCCUUGAUGGGAAAUUUCUAGGGGAAUUAUCUUACAUCUGACCUUCCGAAGAAGGUUCUCUCUGAGCUAAGGUUUUCUUGACAAAAAAUUAUUUAUUAAACACCUCUGUGCCAGGC